AUGAGCUCUGCCCUUCUCUUUCUGGCCCCUACCCUGUCCCUGGAGCCCGCCCAGGCCUGCCAGUCCUCUCUUGGGCAUGUGNUCUGCUUACUGCUGCUCACUGAUUCCCGGGGGUCACCUUUACUUAUUAAUCACCUGCGAUGCCCUCAUGAAGCAAGAGUGUAUUACCUCCUUGUGGGCCCUUCAGCAGCAGAAUGGAGAGUGUUCCACAGAACAGACUCAGCAACUGAAGCCGUGUUAAAGGAGCAUUCACGUUGGCUAUAUCCAUCGGUCACCUUUGUGCCAGUAUCCAAGGUGAAUGGGCAGGUGGAGGUUGAGGAUAUCCUGGCAGCUGUCCGCCCGGCCACGUGCCUGGUGACUAUCAUGCUGGCCAAUAACGAGACUGGUGUCAUCAUGCCCAUCUCUGAUAUCAGUCAGCGAAUUAAAGCCCUGAACCAGAAGCGGGCAGCUUCCAGGCUGCCGGUCAUUCUGCUGCACACAGAUGCAGCACAGGCCCUGGGGAAACGGCGCGUGGAUGUGGAGGACCUGGGCGUGGACUUCCUGACCAUCGUGGGGCACAAGUUCUAUGGUCCCAGGAUUGGAGCACUUUAUGUCCGAGGGCUCGGUGAACUUACCCCUCUGUACCCUAUGCUGUUUGGAGGUGGACAAGAACGGAAUUUCAGGCCAGGGACAGAGAACACGCCGAUGAUUGCCGGCCUCGGGAAGGCCGCGGAGCUGGUGACCAGGAACUGUGAGGCUUACGAGGCCCACAUGCGAGAUGUUCGUGACUACCUGGAGGAGCGGCUGGCGGCUGAAUUUGAUAAGCAGAGAAUCCAUCUGAACAGCCAGUUUCCAGGGACCGAACGACUCCCCAACACAUGCAACUUUUCCAUCCGGGGACCCCAGCUCCAAGGCCGUGCGGUGCUGGCCCAGUGCAGGACGCUGCUGGCCAGCGUGGGGGCUGCGUGCCACUCGGACCACGUGGAUCGGCCGUCUCCGGUGCUGCUGAGCUGCGGCAUUCCUUUCGACGUGGCCAGGAACGCGCUCCGGCUCAGCGUAGGCCGCAGCACCACCAGGGCCGAGGUGGACCUCGUCGUGCAGGACCUGAAGCAGGCUGUGGCCCGGCUGGAGGGCCAGGCCUAGCGCCCGGGGUGCCUCAUAGGAAGCCCUUCCGAGGGCCGUGCCACGAUGGCUCUCCUAAUUUGUCCCAGAGUGUCCAAUGCGGAGACUGGGCGGUGGGUGCGUGCGCACGUGCUCCGGGCCCCCUCCCCCAUCCUCGGGUCAGUGGAGAGCUGGUCUGUCGGGCAGGCGGACCCCACAGGUGCUUCUAGGCCCGGUACACAAACACCUGUGUAGGACUGUCCCCACUGCCCGGUGGCACAGGCUGAAGUGGAAACAUUCCGGCUGUGUCAGUGCUCCCCUCUGGGAAGUGGGGUGAGCCUGUUUUUAUCCGGAAGAUAAAAUCCAAAUAUUUAUAAACCAUUGUCAGUUGCUACCAUGACCAUAGGAAACCUGAUUUUUGCUGCAAUCUUGGCCUCCCCUGCCUGUUGGCACCGAGGUCCAUCUGCCCGUGUGUUCUCCGACCUUGCUCUCCGCCCUUCCCAAGCCCUUCCUCGGCAGAGGGGCCUCCGAGGUCAGGCCCCGCUCCCUGCUCUGUGUCACCCCACUUCCCCUCCCCACCUGACCUCCUCACGAGACCUGUCCCUCCCUCAGCCUGCCGGCCACCCAGAGCCACCAGGCCCCGGCUGCCUUGUCGUUUCCUCAGGGUUCCAGCUCAGAUGUGGGGGUCACAGGGCGGCCGGACUCAUGUGACACCGGGUCGCUCCUGCGGUGGGAAACCAGUUGGUCCCUGGCUCUGCCGGUAUCAGGAUGUUACUCACAGACGGAUUCUUCUGUCUUUACCGAUGCUCUGCGGCGGCGUCCCGCUCGGAUGGCACGACAGACGGAGAUACUAGUAUCACAUGGGAGUGAUGUCCUAAUUGAGCGACAUUCUUAACACGUGGUUUUAAGGUGCAAAGAACUACAUGAUGGCAUUGAGGAAACCACUGUCACAAAUUAAGUGAACUAAUAAAAUAUUCCAAUGCUGGUU